UGCCCUGGGCUUAGGGCAGGUUGACUGCUGCUGCUUUUUAAAGUGUAGUUUUAACGAGUCGCGUCUCUUGUCUCCCCGAACAACAAGCUCCGUCGGUCGGAUACAAAGAGUCCAGAGGAGCCGAUAGGACCUCCCCGGUUCUCUGCCAUGUUUUUCUAACGGAUUACCGGAUGAACCCGCAGGAUGAACAGAUCUGAACCUUCAGCUCUCGGCUCCUGCAGCUCGCGGACCAACGGCCAUGGCUCUCGGUCUCAGGAGCCUCGUAAACAUAAAGCCAUGUCUAGUGCCAAAGUUCUCUACGAACAAAGGAAACAUUUCACCAGAACCAGCAUCAACAGUCUGACGGACACGUCUCAGUACCACGUGGAGCACCUGACCUCCUUCGUGUUGGAUCGUAAAGACGGACUUGUCUCCGUGGACGACGGCGUGCGACGGCUCCGCCUGCUGGACGCCAAAGGAAAGGUCUGGACUCAGGAGAUGUUACUGCAGGUGGACCAGAAGACCAUCAGCCUAAUAGACCAGGAGACAAAGAACGAGCUAGAGAACUUCCCCAUGGGGACGAUCCAGCACUGCCAGGCCGUGAUGAACGCCUGCAGCUACGACUCCAUCUUGGCUCUGGUGUGUAAAGACCCGGGUCAGAACAAACCGGACCUCCACCUGUUCCAGUGUGACGACAUCAAGGCAACUCUGAUCCACGCAGACGUAGAAAGCGCCGUGAUCGACGCCAAAGGAGGCAAAGUGAAGAAGAGGCCGGAGGCGUUGAAGAUGAUCCUGAAGAGCGACGGGAUCAUCCCCCCUCCCCCCGCUGACCCCGCCCCCGAACCACCUGCGUCGGCCAAUCAGGUGGACGUGAAGAGCCGAGCGACCGCCUGGUCAGCGUGGACCAAUGAGCAGCAAGACUAUGAGAAGCAGCGCCAGGUGUUGGAGGAGGACGGGCCGGUGGAGAUGACUGCAGCCCGAGUGGACCGAGACGUGCAAAUCCUGAACCACAUCCUGGACGACAUCGAGCUGUUCGUCACCAGGCUGCAGAAAGCUGCCGAGGCCUUCAGCGAGCUCUCCAAGAGGAAGAAGGCCAAGAAGGGCAAGAAGAAAGGUCCGGGAGAGGGCGUCCUCACGCUGCGCUCCAAACCUCCUGGAGAGGACGAGUUCGUGGAAUGUCUGCAGAAGUUCAAACAUGCCUUCAACCAGCUGGGGAAGCUGGCGGAUCAAAUCCAGAACCCGAGUGCUGUGGAUCUGCUUCACUUCCUGUUCUCUCCUCUCAGGAUGGUGAUCCAGGCUUCUGGCAGUGUGGAUCUGGCUCGCAGCGUUGUGGUUCCUCUCCUGAGCAGAGAGACCAUCGACUUCCUGCACACCUCGGGGACGGCGGAGGAGAGACACCUGUGGGUUGCCCUGGGAGACGGCUGGACCAAGUGCAGGUUGGAGUGGCCCAGGCACCACUACUUCCCCCCCUGCGUGCUGACCUUCCAGGAUGGCUGGGAGCCGCCGCUGAUCCUGGAGACUCGGUCCAGAGACCAGGAUCUGACUCAGCUGGAUCUGAGUCCCCCCAGCGCUGAGAUCCAGAGACAAGAGGACCUGAGGGUUCACCUGGAGGCGGCGGUCCAGAGGUCGCCCCCCACAGACGGGUACGCCUCCUGCAGCUCCUACAGACGGAUGCAGAUCCUGGAUCAGGACUCCACCGUGGCGGCUUUCAAACAGGCCGUCAGCCGCCGCGUAGACCGGAGUUUUGACGCCGACAGCAGAAACCAAACAAAACUUUUUGCCAAAUCUAAAUACGACUUCGUGGCGAGAAACAACAACGAGCUGUCGCUGCUGAGGGACGAGGUCGUCGAGGUCCUGGACGACAGGAAGCAGUGGUGGAAGGUGGGUAACGGAGCCGGGGCGUCCGGCUACGUGCCCAACAACAUCCUGCAGCUCGCCGACGUGGAGGGCCGAGGAGAGCCCAUCUACAGCCACACCAUCCAGAAGCAGACCACCGGGACAGACCACACCCCCGGUAAACCACUCGUGACUCCGCCCCCUCCGGCCCCCACGCCGCCCCCUCCGGCCCCCGCCCGGGUCCCCACGCCACCGCUGCCUCCUCCGGCCACCAGCCGCCAGAACAGCACCGCGUCCAGCGACAUCGGCGGCGUCGCCAUGAGGGACCACAACAACCAGAGGCCUCCACCCGUCACCCGAAGAAAAUCCAACAUGGAGGAGGUUCAGGACGAGCUGAUGCACCGACUGACUUUAGGACGCAGCGCUCAGAAGAAGCUUCAGGUCUCUGCUCGCGGCCCGCCGGCCAACAGCAUCACCUACGACUCGUCACCUGAUGACGUCAGAGCCUGGCUGGAGGCCAAAGGCUUCAGCCCAGUCACCAUCACCAGCCUCGGGGUCCUGACCGGAGCUCAGCUCUUCUCUCUCAACAAAGAGGAGCUGAAGACCGUUUGUCCCGACGACGGAGCUCGAGUCUUCAGCCAGGUCACCGUGCAGAAGGCAGCGCUGGAGAGGGGUUCAGGCUCCGAGCUGCAGGAGAUCAUGAGGAGGCGGCAGGAGAAACUGGCAGCCGGCACCUGCGAUUCAGGGGUGGAGUCUUUUGACGAAGGCAGCACCCACUGAGCGCCUACGUGGCUUCCUUCCCUUCCCUUCUUCCCUUCUUCCCUUCCUGCUUUACUUUCACUCUCAUUUCCUUCACACUGCAGCCUGCUGUCCUCUCGCCCUCUUCAUCCUCAGGCGGCGGCCGACCACGCCGAGUUCGUGGAGAUCAUGCGGCGGCGACGGCAGGAGCUCCUCAGCUCGUCUCCUUAAGGACGCUUCGAAAGGACCUCGAGGAGACGACGUCCUGAAGGUCACGGGGUCGGUCCAAAGAGAAGCCGCUCAGUAUUAACGGCUAGCGACGGUUUUCUACAAUCUUCAAAAGAAUUAGAAAAAAGAUUUGGAUCCUGAUCCACAAAAUAUAAAUCAUAAAAACGUUUAAGAAGCUUCUAGAGAAUAUCACACAAUGCAAAUAUUACACGUCGUAAACAAAUUUAUUAUGUAACUCACAUCUCGAUCCACGAGAUUUGUUUUUUUUCUUCAUUUCUUGUGACUUUGAGACGACGACGAGAAAAAGAGGAACAAACUGGUUUUGAUGGUUUGAAACUACAGAAAGAAAGUUGUUCUGACAGAGAAUUAUGAUAUUAAUAGAAUAUAAUCUUUGUUUUAUGGUUAUAUCAAAAGCUUAAUAUAAUUUAAAUAGAACUGAAAAAGUGAAUAAGUGAAAAUAUUUUUAUUGAAAUGCACAAUAACUAUAAUAUAAUGUCUCGUUCAUGGAUAUCAUGUGAUUGGUUCAGCAUUUAAUUUCUUUCUUUUCAUAAGCAUUUUUUUUGCACAAUAAAUAAUAAUAAUGUGAGUGAAGAAUCAAACCUGUGAAAAGAUUCAGAAUCACAGCGACGUUCCUACUGUAAACAUGACGAAUGUGUUUCCUUCAGGCUCCGCCCACAAGAACAGCUGUUCACAGGUGUAAUAAAAUAUAGAGUCGCAUGACAUCAUGCGUGACAUCAUCAUGUGUGACAUCAUCAUGUGUGACAUCAUCACAGUGAUCUUUUUAUUAAGUUACAAACUCAAUGUGUUUGACGACGUGUAGAACCUGUUCCACUGGAACAUAGGAACAUAGGAUGUAGGGAACAUAGAACAUAGGGCCGAGGGAACAUAGGACUAUAGGACCGAGGGAACAUAGGGCCAAGGGAACAUAGGACUAUAGGACCGAGGGAACAUAGGACUAUAGGACCUAAGGAACAUAGGACUAUAGGACAGAGGGAACAUAGGACUAUAGGACCGAGGGAACAUAGGACUAUAGGACCUAGGGAACAUAGGACUAUAGGACAGAGGGAACAUAGGACUAUAGGACCGAGGGAACAUAGGACUAUAGGACCUAGGGAACAUAGGACUAUAGGACCGAGGGAACAUAGGGCUAUAGGACCGAGGGAACAUAGGACUAUAGGACAGAGGGAACAUAGGGCUAUAGGACCGAGGGAACAUAGGACUAUAGGACAGAGGGAACAUAGGGCUAUAGGACCUAGGGAACAUAGGGCUAUAGGACCGAGGGAACAUAGGACUAUAGGACCUAGGGAACAUAGGACUAUAGGACCGAGGGAACAUAGGGCUAUAGGACCGAGGGAACAUAGGGCUAUAGGACCGAGGGGCUAUAGGACCGAGGGAACAUAGGACUAUAGGACCGAGGGGCUAUAGGACCGAGGGAACAUAGGACUAUAGGACCGAGGGAACAUAGGGCUAUAGGACCGAGGGAACAUAGGGCUAUAGGACCGAGGGAACAUAGGGCUAUAGGACCGAGGGAACAUAGGGCUAUAGGACAGAGGGAACAUAGGACUAUAGAACCAAGGGGCUAUAGGACCGAGGUAACAUAGGGCUAUAGGACCGAGGGGCUAUAGGACCGAGGGAACAUAGGACUAUAGGACCGAGGGAACAUAGGGCUAUAGGACCGAGGGGCUAUAGGACCGAGGGAACAUAGGACUAUAGGACCGAGGGGCUAUAGGACCGAGGGAACAUAGGACUAUAGGAUCGAGGGAACAUAGGCCGAGUUUACUGACAAACUGUAAAGUCAGAGGCUGGUCUUCUGAUUCCUUUAAGAACUCUUCCUCCAUGUUUGUUUUUAUUGGUGAUACACUCGGUGUACUUCCUCAGUACUACUCGGUACUACCUCAGUUAGUACCUCAGUACUACUCGGUACUACCUCAGUUAGUACCUCAGUACUACUCAGUACUACCUCAGUUAGUACCUCAGUACUACUCGGUACUACCUCAGUUAGUACCUCAGUACUACUCGGUACUACUCGGUACUACCUCAGUUAGUACCUCAGUACUACUCGGUACUACCUCAGUUAGUACCUCAGUACUACUCGGUACUACUCGGUACUACCUCAGUUAGUACCUCAGUACUACUCGGUACUACUCGGUACUGCCUCAGUUAGUACCUCAGUACUACUCGGUACUACCUCAGUUAGUACCUCAGUACUACUCAGUACUACUCGGUACUGCGUUCCCUCACCGAUCACAUUGACAGAUCUGAGCUGCUGAUUCAGACCGAAUGAAGCAUCUGACUCAAAAACCUAAAAAUUAAAAAAGGAAGUUAGAACUUGAAAACAAUACCAGGAAUAUACAAAUCAAUAUUAUCCAAGUGAAUUUGCAGUAUUUUGAGGUGUGUAAUACUGGGUGUGUUUACCCUGCUCAGCAAAGGAGGUGAGAGGGUGUGACAGAACUUUAAUGUACACUUUAUUAAAUUUACCAUUCGAGAACGUAAA